UCUCACGGCCUCUGGGAUGCGCAAAGGAAGGCCUCCCUGGUUUUCAUGGGGAAGAAAGAAUCCCCCGAGGACACCUGCCAUCUGUUGUGGUUUUCUCCCAUGGAGACCUGCAUCAGCAGGCGGCCCUCAGUCCUCCGCACCUGGCGGGUUGUCAGGUGAACCACGUCGCGCUGCCUCAUGCAAGAAAACAAGGUUGUCCGAGAGAGGGCAACGCUCGUGCCGGAGGAAACAAGAGCAAAGGCCAUGCUCCUUGUAAGGAAUGUUUUAGUCUGAGGACACACUGUGGAGAAUGGAGAAAAACGGCGAUGUUACUAUUCAAGGUAACCAAUGGCAGAGACUGCUGAGGGGGCAACAGGGGAAGAAAGUGACCCAGGAAGGACACGAUGGAGUCAAGAGUGAAGAGAAACGCAAGACCAAUCUGACAUGGAAGGUUAACUGGAAAGAGUGGGUGGUUGAUCCGGCAGAACACUUUUAUUAUGUCUGGCUGCAGGUCAUGAUCUUUCCCAUCAUCUACAACUGGGUGAUCAUCAUUUUAAGGACGUGCUUUACUACCAUUGCAAUGAGCUACCUGCCUGUGUGGCUUACACUGGACUAUCUAGCUGACAUCAUGUAUUUGGUCGACAUGAUCAUCACGGUCCACACAGGAUACUUGGAUCAGGGCAUCCUGAUCAAGGACGUCACUCAGCUGAGAAAGCGCUACCUGCGCUCUAAAAGCUCCUUAAGGGACCUGGUUUCCCUGCUGCCCACCGACUUCCUCUACUUUGUCUUUGGCAUCCAAGUCCCGCUGGUGAGGAUCAACCGCCUUCUCCGUAUUCCCCGACUCAACGAGGCCCUGGAUCGCAUGGAGACGAGAACGUCCUACCCCAACACCUUCCGCAUCUCCAAGCUCAUGAUCUACAUCUUUGUGUUGAUCCACUGGAACGCCUGUCUCUACUUUGCGCUGUCCAGCUACAUCGGCUUCGGAAGUGAUCUCUGGGUGUACCCCAACGUUACCACGCCAGAGUUCGCCUCCAUGCGGCGUCAGUACAUCUACUGCUUCUGGUUCUCGGCCCAGAUUUUCACCACGGUGGGAGACACCCCGCUUCCAAAAAGGGAAGAAGAGUACUUGUUCAUGAUUGCAGACCUGCUCAUUGCCGUGCUGGUGUUUGCAUCGAUUGUUGGCAACGUUGGCAAUGUCAUCACAAACCUGAGGGACCGGGAUAACGUCUUCUUCCCGGACCACGAGCUGGUCAGGGCUUACCUGCGUAGCCACCGCAUCAGCAAGGAGCUCCGCCAGCGCAUCGACAGCUGGUACCAGCAUCUACACAUCAACAAAAAGAUCAUGCGAGAGAACGAAAUCCUGCAGCAGCUGCCGGUACACCUGAGGACAGAGAUCGCUGUCAGCGUCCACCUGCCCACGCUCUCCAAAGUCACCAUCUUCCAAAGCUGUGAGAAGAGUCUGCUGGCGGAGCUGGUGCUCAAACUAACGCCGCAGGUGUUCAGUCCGGGCGAGUACGUCUGCAGGAAAGGAGACGUGGGCCAUGAAAUGUACAUCAUCAGAGAGGGAAAACUUGCAGUUGUCGCAGAUGAUGGGGUCACAGAGUUUGCCGUGCUGAGUGAAUCUAAUUUCUUUGGGGAAAUUAGCAUCCUCAAUAUCAAAGGCAACAAGUCAGGCAAUCGACGCACCGCCAACAUCCGCAGCAUCGGCUACUCCGACCUGUUCAGCUUGUCCAAAGAAGACCUGACGGAGGUGUUGUCCGAGUUCCCUGCGGCCAAACGUCACCUGGAGGAGAAAGGCCGGCAGAUCCUGACAAAGAUGGGCAUGUUGGAGGAGAGUGGGGAGCAAGUGGACGAGGAGGCAGAGAACCUGGAAAACAAGAUAGGCAGACUAGAGAGCAAGCUGGAAACCCUGCAAACAAAUCUAGCUCGACUUAUGUCUGAAUUAGAGUCGAGCUACCGCAAGAUGCAGGCCAGGGUGGAGCAGCUGGAGUGGGAGUUGGCAGCCAUGGAGCUGCAACGGCCCACUGUUGAGGAAGGAGAAAGAGAAAAGGGGAGGGGUGUCGGGGUGGGAUGGGAGGUGGGACGGGAGCGGGAAGAGGCCGAGGGCGAGGCACAUGAGGGUUUGGAUGGAAAGGUGGAAAAACAGAGAGGACAGGGAGAGGAUGGGCACGUGACCAAAGAGGGAGAUGGAGCGAGCGCUGAGAGUACUUUAGCGCUUGUGAAAAGAAUGGUGGUGGGUGAUAAAGGUGGGCUAAAAAAAAUAUUUGACCAAGGGAAAAACAGAAAGAGAGGAGAUGACAGACCUGGGAAAGGAGAUGGUGCUGAUAUUGUACACAAAGACGAGAAAGAAGAGAAAAGUGGAGAGAAAGAAUUUGAAGAGGGGUGACAGGAGUUUGAAGAACACUCAGAUAAUGUAGAGAUGGAGCAGAAAGUACAGAGAGAAUAUAUAAGAUGGAAAACGAACUAAUCUGAAAAAGUGGAUAUCUUAAUAAAAUAUUGAAAAUCUUACAUUGACACACUUUCUGCAAUACAACUUUAAAUCCCUAGAUGACAGCAUGGUGUCCCAAAGGUAGAAGUCCAUUGAUUAUUAUCGAUUAGGGAUCUUCUGGAUUUUACAGCUAUAAAGUGUUCAUUCUGCAAAGAAAACUACAUGUAUUUGUUUAUAACAUGAGUCCCAUCAUAAUACCAGAUUAACCAACUGGCACAGUAAUAACUGCAUUUUAUGUUACAUGAUAAUGUAACAUUGUUAGGGAGCCCGUCUUUUAUAUUAUGACUACAUUAACCUUAUCUCCUUAGUCAUAAU